AUGUCGCGACACUUGGAAGGCCCACUGGCGGGCACAUCUGCCUUAGCUGGCGGCCCAGCAGGGCCUGCGGUGCAACGCCAAUGCACGCGCUUUCCAGCGGUGCAUCGACAAAGGCUUGAGGCCCGCGAGCUGCAGCAGGUUUCAGCAGCCUGGGACCUGCAGAGCAGGUUUAUGCUCUAUCCACCACAGCGCCACCUCGGAGACACUGAUGGGAUUGUGAUCGUGCCAGAUCGGGGACGCGUUUGUGUCCAGGAACAUCACGAUCGGCAGGCGACGGCUGUUCUGAUGACUGCCAACGCACGCGCUAUCAGAGGCCUGCCCAAGGACCACUUGGAGUAUCUGGAGUCGAGGAAGUGA